GGUGCGGCGCGAUCCGUAUGGGAACUAAGUCCCGAUCCCGACAUGGUCGGGCAUCUACCGAACAAUCUGAUAUCCAGCCAUCAGAAUCACGGUUCGGGCAAAAACACACGGGAAAGGAACCGUCCCGAUGACAAUGUCUAUGCCGAUGAGGCCGCGACUGGUCAGAGUCCCACCAACGAAACUAAACAAAUCUUUGAGCUGCUCAGAGCCGGUGAAAUCGAGGUGGUCGAGGAAUUGGUGGAAGGGAACGGAUUGAACGUGCUCAGCGCGAGGGAUGAAUGGGGAUAUACGCCUGCUCAUUGGGCUGCCUUGGAUGGCAAUAUUGAAGUCAUGAGAUAUUUGAUAGAACGGAGCGGUCCCGUCGAUUUACCAUGUCUCGGUACGCAAGGACCCAGACCGAUACAUUGGGCCUGUCGAAAAGGUCACAGUGCGAUAGUGCAAUUGCUUUUAAAGGCGGGUGUCGCGGUCAACACCGCCGAUUUUAAGGGCUUGACACCUCUGAUGACCGCUUGUAUGUUUGGCAAAUUCGCGACAGCCGCCUUCUUACUAGGAUCCAGUGCGCAAGGACAUUUGACGGACAUAAACGGCGACACCGCGUUGCAUUGGGCCGCGUACAAGGGCCAUGCCGAGCUGAUCAAACUGUUGAUCUACAGCGGCGUGGAUUUACAGAAGCCUGAUUACUUUGGCUCGACGCCGCUUCAUCUCGCUUGCCUAUCCGGCAAUGUCAGCUGUGUCCGGAUCCUCUGCGAGAAAAGUAAGAUUGAGCUCGAGCCGCGCGAUAAAAACGGCAAGACACCGUUGCAACUGGCCAAGAGUCACCGUCACUCGGAGAUCGUGCGCAUUCUGCAAGCAGAACAAAAACGCCGAGCUAGAUGGAUACCGCCCAUUAAUGAACUAUGGGCGCUAUUGUUUGGCGGAGCAGGCAAUAGCAAGGGACCAUUGCUACUGUUCAUGAUAUCCGUCCUGCUAUGGGGAUACCCGAUGUAUCUGUUAAAGUGUAUUCCGUUAACAUGGAAUCUCCUGCGCGGUAGCCAUUACUGUUUCAUUUACUGGAACAUCCUCAUGUGGAUUUCCUGGAUUGUAGCAAACAGAAGAGACCCUGGUUACGUGCCGCAGAACAGCGAUACCUAUUACAGAGCGAUAAAACAGAUUCCAUACUUCGAUAAAUGGAAAAAGCGCAACGUUUUACUAUCGCGAUUAUGUCACAGCUGUAGAUGUUUCAGACCCCUCCGGGCUAAACAUUGUAGAAUCUGCAAUAGAUGCGUCACGUAUUUCGAUCAUCACUGUCCGUUUAUAUAUAAUUGCGUCGGCUUGAGGAACAGAAUGUGGUUCUUCCUGUUCGUCAUGUGCGUGGCGAUAAACUGCUCAUUCACCUUAUAUUUCGCAUGUUAUUGUAUCGCGAUUGAAGGAAUUCAAUUGCUGUAUGUUCUUGGCGUACUAGAAGCUCUCGUCUUUUGCGGACUUGGCUGGAUUCUAACAUGCACUUCGGUCUUACAUGCUUGUAUGAAUUUGACUACCAAUGAAAUGUUCAAUUACAAGAGAUACUCGUACUUGAGAGACAAAAGGGGCAAAUACUUGAAUCCUUUUAGUCGAGGACCCGUGCUCAAUUUCAUCGAGUUUUUCCUCUGCCCACCAGAUCAUCAAAUAAAUGAUCCUCAACAUUAUCAUAUUCUUUCAGAAGAUGUAAUGUAACGUUACAUAAAGGUCCUACAAAUCUUUGAUUAAUUUAUGUCACGCACUCUCUUGCACAGAGAAGCGUCAAGCGCGACCACUAUAAUAUACAUAUAUACAUACAUACAUACACACACAUACAUACAUAUAUCUGUGUGUAUAUAUGAUACACUAUUUUUUCAAAUUAACAUAUGUACAUUUGCACAUAAAAUAUAUUAUUGCCACUUAUGAAAUAUUCACAUUUCUCAUAGUUUAUAUUGCUACAUUCUGCUGCCAGAACACAAACUUGCAUAAAUGUAGUAAAAAGUU